AUGUCCAUCCCAAACCUCCACAUCGCAAGUGACCUAGCCAAUAAUAACCUUUUUUCCGAUGUCACUCCCAAGGAUCUCGAAUGGACACUGGCUUCUGGUUCUUCAACCGAAACACAGACAUUUUACUUGGCUACCAACGAAGGGCAUUUCGCCUUCGUACAAAUGAUUCACUCGACUGUUAGUUUAUGGAAUCCAACGAUCCAAUUUACUGCUCGAUUCUUCGGUGCAGGAAUCAAUACCUUCAAAUCCGUCAACAUGUCCAAUUUUAAACUUUCGUCAGAUCGUCGUUCAGCUACCGCAGACAAUAUGUCUAUUACUCUUAACCCUGAGUGUAAUAAGUAUACUGUCAGUUUGAAGCAUAAUCGUGAGUUGCUCGUUACGUUUGAUUUUGAAAGAAUAGAUCGUGGAUUCAAAAUCGGUGGUGGAAGGACUUAUUUCGGAAAGGAUAAGUCUACUGGAUUCGUUGAACACAAAUUUUGGCCCAAAGGUAAUGUCAAAGGCAACAUCGUAGUCGAUGGAAAAGCAUUUGACAUCUCUGGAACUGGGUUAUUUGUGCAUGCAAUUCAGGGAAUGCAACCACAUUUGAUCGCUUCUCGCUGGAACUUCCUUAAUUUCCAGUCUGAUUUAGCAUCUUUGGCGAUGUGUGAAUUCGAGACAACUCCUCAUUACGGGAGCAUGAAGAUAAACCAAGGAAGCUUAUUCGUGGGGGAUAAAUUGAUAGGUGUUUCGAUAAAGAAUGAAGCGGCCUUCCUGAAGACGAAUUUGGACCCUAGCACGGGCUAUCACAUUCCCGAAAGGAUUCGAUACACUUGGGAAGGAAUAACUCUAGAUUCAAAAAAAGUAUUCAAAGUAAGAAUGGAAAUUAAACCCGAAGUCCUUAUGGAUAAGAUUGAUGUGUUAAAUGAGGUUCCAUAUUUUUUGAGAAAGAUUGUGCAAGCUUUUGUUGCUAAACCUUAUAUCUAUCAAUGGUAUAACACAGCUACAGCUUAUAUUAAAAUUGGAGAGGAUGAAGAACUCGUAUCUCAAGGAAAACUGUUCAGCGAAGCUACUUUUAUUUCUUAA